GUCGAGUAUAAGAAGAAGCACCUGAAGGUCGGUGUCAAAGGUCAACCCCCGGUCAUCGACGGGGAACUCCAUAACGAGAUCAAAGUGGACGACUGCUGUUGGGUUCUGCAGGACAUGAAUACAGUGGCCAUCACUCUGGAGAAGUGCCAUCAGAUGGAGUGGUGGCCGCGGCUACAGGUGACCGACCCCGAGAUGAACACCCGUAAAGUGAAUCCCGAGGCCUCCAAGUUGUCCGACUUGGACGGCGAGACCCGCUCUAUGGUCGAGAAGGUGGGUGCGAGGAAAGUAAUGUUUGUUUUGCAGAUGAUGUACGAUCAAAGACAAAAGGAACUGGGUUUGCCUACCAGUGAGGACCAGAAAAAACAGGACGUCAUUAAGAAGUACGUAUUGCUUGACUACUUGUUUAUGGCGGAGCACCCGGAGAUGGACUUCACGAACUGCAAGGGGUCGGUGGUCGACAAGACAGCCGGCGGUCAGCGCGCGAGCCGUUCGUGUGUCUCAAGACGUGUGUCGACGACAACGACCGCAACGCCGACGACCGGGACAUCGAUGACGGCUAAGAAGCGGCCGAAGACUGUGUCUGAGGUCACGAAGUGGUCGUUCGCCGAGACGUCGGCGCUGAUGGUGUGGUCGCAGUCGAGGGCCGUGUCUUCGUAUGGCAGCCAACGAGCGCUUCAUCAGUACAUUGAGUCCAGACUCGAGACAAUGGGAUUCAAGAGGAAUACGGAACAGAUCCGAUGCAAACGAAAGAGAUUGAGGGAUAAUAUCAACACAAGCUUUACGUCAACCACUUCUUCGACAUCCAAUAAAUCCCAAUGCGAGCCAUCUUUAGGCGAUAACACAGAUGAGUCGGAGUCCGAGUACGACAUCGGAUACGAGAUAACACUGACGGACACGGAGUCCGAGGAUUCACUGCAAGAGAUGUUUAAUCCAAAGACAACGUCUGUGUCCAGCAGUUGCCAUCCCACUGUAAGUCAUAGAUCUGAAGACAUAGAGAAAUCUCGGCAACAGGUAGUCAUCGAUGGUAUGGAAAGUCUUAAACGAGAGCUGACGGACACCGCGGAUGAGAUAAUCGGUGGUCCGAAACGACUAAAGGAGUCGAUUGUGGCGUUUAAUAAUUGGUUUCGUCGACUCACGGAUCAAUUGCGUGAUAAAAGUGUGUCUGAUAUUGAUAUUCACAUAAAGUAUCAGAGAUUUAUGGCUAACUCGAGUGAACAGUUGCCACAGUCAUCGCAUCACCGCCGAAGAGGUUGA